AUGCUACUGCAGUUCAGUUUAUUCAACGACGGAAAUACGAAUAGUUCGCCAUGAGUUUAGCUGGCAAAGUUGUUAUUGUAACGGGCGCUAGUUCAGGCAUUGGAGCUGCGACUGCAGAGGCUUUUGCUAAACAAGGAUCCAAAGUGGUGAUCGUAGGACGAAAUGCAGAAAAUUUAAAAUCUACAGAAGCUGCCUGUAAGGCAGCCAACAGUAAAGUCAAACUGCUGUCCGUCAUUGCUGAUGUGACUGUGGAUGCGGAACGCAUUAUAAGCUCAACAAUCGAAGGAUUCGGACAAUUGGAUGUGCUGGUCAAUAAUGCUGGUAUAGGCGCAACUGGUCACAUUCUGGAUAUAGACGUUGAGCAAUUCGAUGAUGUUUUCAAUACAAAUGUGCGUUCAGUCUUCCUUCUAACUAAAUACGCCGCACCGCAUCUGAUCAAAUCCCAGGGUAAUAUCGUGAAUGUCUCCAGUGUCGCAGGAUUGCGUUCAUUCCCUGGUGCUUCGGUCUAUUGUACAUCCAAAGCAGCAGUGAACCAAUUUACCAGAUGCAUCGCCUUGGAUUUGGCGCCGAAUAAUGUCCGUGUAAACGCUGUUAAUCCCGGCGUAAUUAUUACCGAUAUUCAACGCCGUUCAGGCAUGUCUGCGGAGGAAUUUCCUAAAUACCUGGAACGUUGUAAGCAGACACAUGCUCUCGGUCGUGUAGGCACAACAAGGGAAGUGACCGAUGCUAUAAUUUUCUUAGCUAGUGAUCUAUCGAGCUUUAUAACGGGUGCGACUAUGCCCAUCGACGGUGGCAAACAUUUAUUGUGUCCUCGUUGAUUGUUAAUUAAAAUAAAAUUAUUAUAAAAAAAAAAUAAAAUAUAAAAUAUUCAAUACGUGAA